CUGAGUGACAGGACCUCAUACAGCUCCAGGAUCUGCCGUGGACCGAAGAGCUCGGAGCUCGGAGUGACUCUCGGCAGCCGCAGCGGGGAGACCCGGGGGGGCCCCUCCGCAACUUCCCCCCUUUUUCUGUGUCGACAGGAGGGAGCGUCGACUCGAGGCGCUCGCGGAGACGCGCCUCUCGCACGCGGACACCCUAAUUACACGCCGGGGACAUGGGGUCAGUGAGCAAGCUCUGCGGGUCCAGCCUCCAGACCUUCUUGUGUCCAGCCGUGAAGCCGCUCCAGCCUCCCCCAGUCGGACCCACCAGGCGGAGACAGCAUGGUGUUAAAAUCGGAAGACGGUGUUGUGCCGGAUGACCUCACCCCGCAGGAGAAGCAGGAGCUGGAGGAUAUCCGCCGGCGCAAGCAGGAGCUGAUGGAGGACAUUCAGCGGCUUAAGGAUGAGAUCGCAGAAGUGACGAGUGAGAUCGAGAACUUGGGGUCCACCGAGGAGAGGAAAAACAUGCAGAGAAAUAAACAGGUGGCCAUGGGGCGGAAGAAAUUCAACAUGGACCCCAAAAAGGGGAUCCAGUUCCUGAUCGAGAACGACUUGCUGAAGAAUACCAGCGACGACAUCGCUCAGUUCCUCUACAAGGGCGAGGGCCUCAACAAAACCGCCAUUGGAGAUUACCUCGGAGAGAGAGAUGACUUCAAUAUCGAGGUCCUUCAUGCAUUUGUGGAGCUUCAUGAGUUCACAGACCUCAACCUGGUUCAGGCCCUCAGACAGUUCCUGUGGAGCUUUCGGCUACCGGGAGAAGCUCAGAAGAUCGACCGGAUGAUGGAGGCCUUCGCUCAGCGCUACUGCCGAUGCAACCCUGGUGUUUUCCAGUCCACAGACACUUGUUACAUCUUGUCAUUUGCCAUCAUCAUGCUAAACACCAGCCUGCACAACCCAAAUGUGAAGGACAAGCCUUCUGUGGAACGAUUCAUCUCCAUGAACAGGGGGAUCAACGAUGGAGGAGACCUACCGGAGGACCUGCUCAGGAAUCUUUAUGAUAGCAUCAAGAAUGAGCCUUUCAAAAUCCCAGAGGAUGACGGCAACGACCUCACACACACUUUCUUCAACCCAGACAGGGAGGGCUGGCUGCUAAAACUGGGAGGGGGACGAGUCAAAACCUGGAAAAGGAGGUGGUUCAUCCUCACGGACAACUGUCUUUACUACUUUGAGUACACCACGGACAAAGAGCCCCGAGGAAUCAUCCCCCUGGAGAACCUGAGCAUCAAGGAGGUGGAGGAUAAGAAGCCUAACUGCUUUGAGCUUUUCAUCCCUGACAACAAGGACCAGGUGAUCAAAGCGUGCAAGACCGAGGCGGACGGGCGCGUCGUCGAGGGCAAACACAACUUCUACCGCAUCUCUGCACCGACGGCCGAGGAGAAGGAGGAAUGGAUGAACAGCAUCAAAGCCGCCAUCAGCCGGGACCCCUUCUACGACAUGCUGGCAGCCAGGAAGAAGAAGGUGUCGUCUAUGAAGAGGCACUAGGAGCUGCUCCAGCUCUGCAGAUGUUGCCCUCGGCAGAGCAGGGUCCCGGGACCCGAUGGCGCUGCCGGGGUCGGUGGUGGAGGUCCCACUCAGACCUUCCCCCGGGGGAAUUUGUCUAGGAUACACACACGUCUGCAGGACAGACAAAUGGGAAGCAUGCAGGGGGUUUCUAGAUACACGCUGUGGCCAAAGCGUCUUCUUAACCUCUCUCUCUGUCUCUCUCUGUGCUUUGUGUGCGCUCCGUUUUGAGGUCGUCGGGAAGUGUUGCUGUGAGGCAAAAGCCUCUGUUUCAAAAUCCUUUUUGAAGAUGCUUUAAAAACUAACACGGUUCCCAUUGACAUUGUGCACAAACACGGCAUGCGCGCUGUUCCCCAGUAGCACACGUCGUUUAAAACUCAGCAGGUCUGACCAAGUGGGGCACUCAAACCAAAAUAAUCUUCCCUUUCUUAAAGCGCUUUAAUGUGUUACGGUAUACGUGUCCUGUGUUUUUACAGCUUUAAAUGUCAAUUCCUCUUUAGUCUUUUUUGUUUGCUUUGCUUUUGUAGAGGAAAAAAAAAGGUCGUAGGAGGGAGAGUUUGAUCUACCAACAGUUUAUUUUAUAGAGAAAAGAAACUGUAUAUACAUAAAAAAAAAAAAGUUGCCACUCAGGAGAUUGUUCCGAUGUUGUGAAACGUUCCGUGUCGCCGUUGACACAGAUUCUGUUGCGUGAGGAAUGAAAGCCAACUGGGUGUCCGAGACCUCGCCCGUUUUUGUAAAUGUAACGCGGCAGCGUGCGGCCGAGCAGAUGAAGGCGUCUGCUCGUCUGUGCCGGCUGUCACUGUUGGAUGCCUGAAGGUCCUGCAGAUGCAUCUGUCCUCUCCCCUCAGGCUUCUUUUUGAGAAACUCUUUGGAAACUCAGAACCGGCGGCCCUGCUUUUUUUUUCUCCUUUUGUUUCAAACACUUUGAUUUCCUUAAUCUCCUGUUCAAAGUGCUUAGCCUCCCGGCGUCACGGCUGCCCGGUGAUGAAACGUGAUGAGAGAAGCUGCUGGUUAGCGACAGUAAAUCACCUGGAUGAGUCCUUUCUUUAUAGAGGGUUACCUAUUUAUCGAUUUAAACAUUAUUUCCGGCCGCCGGCCCGACCUCAAUAGUAGUUUGCACUGUGUGCUUCAGGUUGUUUAUGUAAAGGACAUAAUAUAUGACAUAUUGUUUUAGAGGCUUUGGAGCAGGACGCAGAACUGCCGGCUGCGUCAGAAAUGUACUGUGGGUAGCAAAAAAAAGGUGGACGUCGGGAAAGCUGGUCGGUCACACCGAGGCAGUGACUCGUCAUUUUGUCCCAAAAAACCCCAAAACAACCCCCAACUGCGUUGAGGUCCCACUUUGUGAGUCGCUCAUUGAGCGGCGGUCUUUUCCUCUCUCUGCUCCUCCCAGCGCACGGAUCCUACAGACAAAUGGAAGAAUGCAAAGCAAUCAUAAUUCCAGACAGUAUUGGUUUAUUUAUCAAAGUUGUACAUACGUGAAUGUAUAGUGGCUAUUUUGUCGUCUUUUUGUUUCUUGUUAGUCGCGCCAUUUAUUUUAGUAUUCCAUUUAAUGUUUGAUUUGAGGUUUGUAUCAUUGCCGUAUAAUCGAGCUGAAAUAAAGCCCAAUUUGUCCCAAACGCUGGCUGUGAAUGUCUGUUUAAACUGCAGCUCUUGUUACAGUACUAACGUUCCUCCAGCAGGGGGCGGUAUGUGAUAACCACGGCAUCUGAACUACCCUAAAUUGAACUCUUUCUGUUUCCCCGCCUACUAAUUACAGACAUGCCCAAUUAAUCACAGAUGAAAUUACGGGUUAUGUGGGGUCCCCAUGAAUAUGGAGUACUGCUUUCACUGGAAAUUGGAUAAUUCCCUCCCUGUUUCGUUUGCCAACGUUUGAAUUAUUCCAACCACAUUUACCUGCUGUGACACAAAUCUUUGUUUCAAUCCAGACUAUAAACAGGUCCCAUAACCUUUUCAUAUAUUUUUACGAGCUUGCCCUUAAAGUAUUUGUGGCAGCAGGGAAAGGUCGAUAUUUACAAGUGAAUGUGUAUCAUAUUAAAUGAUGCCUGGAAAAGCAA